AUGGCUAAUGGCACGGAUCUCCUGACCCAAUUUUUUCCAUCGAGCAAUGGAGAGACAGUGAGAAUGACCAUUCUAGUCGUCCUGUUGGUGACCUUCUGCAUCUUUCUUUAUUUUGAUCUGCCUCUGUUAAGCGUUGUCUUCAACCCUCAUGUCUGGGAACAAUCCCAUUAUAUACUCUUUACUCACAUGAUCAUUAACGACACCAUGAGUCUGUGCAUUUCCGUAUUCCAGUUUAUCUCCUCAAUGUACAGUAUUCCCAUCCCUACCGUUAUCUGCUGGAUCAUGAUUAUCUUUUCCAAAGUUUCCUUCUUAGUCACCCCUUAUAAUUUAGCGGUGAUGUCCCUCGAGAGGUACGUUGCCAUAUGCUACCCACUAAGGCACAAAGAGCUCUGCACUGAGCAAAGAAGCAAUAUGGCGAUAGUGGGGAUGUGGGGUGUGGGACUAAUACCUGUCAUUGCUGAGUAUAUCACAAUGAGCUCUAUGGCGGGGAAGAACUCCGUUUUUGGCAACAUAGUGUGUGUGCCCCGUGCAAUGUUUUUUGUCAGUUCUUCCGUGCAAACCAUUAAAUUCUUCCUCAGUAUGGGCACCGUUGGAGUGGUCAUCCUCUUCACCUACAUUAAAGUCAUGCUGGUGGCCUUCAAGUUGGGCUCUAGAAGUUCCACAGCCUUCAAUGCUGGGAAAACAGUCUUGCUCCACGCCUUCCAGCUCCUCCUGUGCAUGGGCUCGUUCACUUACACAGUCACAGAGACCUACCUGGCACAAUACUUUUUCUUUUUGCCCAUUAUCAACUUUUUUUUCUUAAUGUGCUUGCCACGGUUUAUCAGCCCUGUGAUUUAUGGGAUGAGGGAUGAAGUCUUCCAUAAACCUCUGAAGGGCAUGAUAUCCUCCUUAUAUAGGCUGUUGCUUUCACCUUAUUCUGAGUUAAAGAAUAGCAGUCCUAAGCACCUAAUACAGUUGAGAGCUGUCUUUCCACAGAAAUUUAAGGGGGUUCGUUUUAUCUGUUUCCAAGAGAUGUCUAAGGAUUCACAACAUGAAACAGAGGAUAUGGAGCAGGGGAAAAGGACUUUGUGA